GUAAGUCUACAGAAGAAGAGCGAGGAGCUUCACGUUAGGGACUGUGUUUUUACUUGGCGUUAACCGUGCACAGUGGUUUACGUUUGACAAUGCAUCGGCAGGUCACAGAUGUGUUUGGCGGGUGACAGCAGUGACCAUGGUGCCAGGCUUGUGUGUCCUGUUAUUGCUGGUACUCUUCUCCCAGGUCAGAGGUUUCUACCAUGCUUCUGAGGAGGUCUCCGUGCCUGAAGAAUGGGUCCUGCUUCACGUCGUCCAGGGCCACGUUGGUGCCGGCAACUACAGUUACCUGCGUCUCAAUCACGAUGGCCGCAUCGUCCUGUAUAUGCAUAGCCUCAAGGGAGAUGCUGACCUUUAUGUGUCUGAUAAGACACUGCGACCAGACUUUGACACGUAUAAACUUCAGUCAGCCACCUGUGGCUAUGAUGUAGUGGUGGUUCCAGGGGACUUUGUCAGACCUGUGGGCAUUGGAAUCUAUGGACACCCUUCUCACCUGGAGAGUGAAUUUGAGAUGAAGGUGUUUUAUGAUCAGACAGCUUUGGCAGAGGACCUAUUUCACAAGGAAUUUUAUUCUUCCGAGGACAGUCCUGGGCAGCCCAAAUACCCACAGCAGGGUCCGGAGGAAGCGUUGGAGGAGGAGGAGUCCAUUUUCUGGACAAUCCUUAUUGGGAUCCUUAAAAUAAUACUUGAAAUUUUGUUUUGAUUAUGAUGUGAUUGUUGCCAUAGUAACUUUGUCAUCAGAAUUUCCGUUUUAGGCAAAAAAAGGCACUGAAAUGUGGUCAAAUUACUGACAUAACAGUGAAGAAAAGAUUUAUACAAAGGCUAUAUACCUAUAUAUAGAGAGAGAGAGACUCCACCAUUUCUUUUUCUGUCUCUCUUUGUUUAUUUUCCUUUUUCUUCUGCUGUCUUAAUCUAGACAUGAUACACCAGAGGUUUAAAUGAACCAUGAUCAUCUCUCCCUGCUGGUGUUUUCUUUCAUACAAAUGCAAAUUUUACUUAAUUGAUUGCAUAUCUACAAAUCCAGUUCUUUUUUGUAUUGGAGGAGUUUGUGAUAUAUUAAUUUUCAGCAGUGUUCUAUAUUGUGCUCUUUUUUUUUUUUUGCCAAUUUCUGAUGUAAUGAAUAAUUUUGAAUCUGCUGGAGUUCUGAGCACUAUGCAAUUGUAGAAAUAAUGUUUUGGUUAGGAAUACACAGCUGUGCCUUUUGUAAGUCCUUUCAAUGAGAAAUUGAAAGGAAUACUCUCAUGCAACUGUAACGUUUGUAACAUUUUGAAAAUAAAGGUAAUCAAUUGUGAAAACUGCAA